CCGAUCAUCAUCUCCCCAUCCGAUCCAAGCAAUUUUUCCUCCCUGGCUGCUGUCGUGUGAGUACUGCCUGUCUCCGUUUCCUCUAGACAUGAUAAUAAAUCAACAAUAACAAAAACAAAAUAAAAAAUAGCAAAAAUCAAAUUCUUCAAUUUCCUCAAAUGCGAAGACAGCAACAACAAGAACAAUUCCUCUCUAUCCAAUUUCUAUCGAUAGAGAGAAAUCAAAUCUAAAUUUUCUAAAUUUCUCUUACUUUUUGUUUUGAGAAAAGUCGAGAUCGAUCAGAUCGAAGCUUUUGAGAUUGAAUUUCGGUAUUAUUAUUUUAAAGGGAGAGGGGAGAUUGGAAAAAAAAAAAAAAGAAGGCCAAAAGAGCAGGCAAUUUCGCUGAAACAUGUCUGCCAUAGUUUCAGGGAAGAGAUCUUUCUUUGAGGAAUUGAGUGCGACACCUCCCGUUUCUAAGAGAAUCCGUUGUUCUUCUCGUUUUGCUUCUUCUUCUUCUUUCUCUACUUCUUCUUCUUCUCCUUCUUCGCCGCCCUCCUUGUUUUUGAUCGAUCAAUUGAUUUCUAUUUUCCCUGAAAUGGACAAGCAGGUUCUUGGGAGAGCACUUGAAGAAUGUGGACAAGAUUUGGAUUCAGCUAUUAGAAGUUUGAAUGAGCUUCGUUUAGGAUCUGCUGAUAGAAAUCCUGCUGUUGCUAAUAAAACUGGUGUAGAAUUAGAAGGAAAUGUUCAACUUCAAGCUCAAGAAUCAAUUGUUGGUCAGCGAGAAGAGCAUUGUUCUGUUGUAGGUGUAGCAGCUAAUGGAGAUGUCCCAGCGAAGGAACAGACAACCCCAGAAGUUUUCUCAAUGGAUGGUUCGGAUUGGGUGGAACUUUUUGUUAGAGAAAUGUUGAAUGCUUCUAACAUUGAUGAUGCCAGAGCUCGUGCUUCAAGAGCACUGGAGGUUUUGGAGAAGUCCAUUCAUGCACGUGCUGGGGCAGAGGUAGCCCAAAAUUUUCACCAGGAAAAUAUGAUGCUGAAAGACCAAUUGGAAGCACUUAUUCAGGAAAAUACUAUUCUGAAGCGAGCUGUGGCUGUUCAGCAUGAGCGUCAGAAAGAGUAUGAAAAUCAGAGUAAGGAGUUGCAGCAUCUGAAGCAACUAGUUUCUCAGUAUCAGGAGCAGUUGAGAACCCUUGAGGUAAACAACUAUGCAUUGACAAUGCACUUGAAGCAAGCUCAGCAAAGUAGCUCUAUCCCUGGCCGUUUCAACCCUGAUGUUUUCUAGUAAUUCUUGGAUAUGGCUUUGCAGAUGACUUGUGUGCAACUGUGCUUGAAUCCUGGCAAAAGUGUUCCUAACAAGCUUUAGCCAACUAAAUUUUGUAAUCUGCUUCAAUUGCUGUGCUGCCACCAGAUGGUGUAUUUUUUUUUUCUCUUUUUUACAGAAGGGUAGGCUGCAGUCGAAAGAUAUGCCUCGAUUAUUUCAAGAAAUAAAUGCAUGGUAGUUUGUCUUUCCAAUUAUCUACUUGAAGUGGAUAUUUGAUAGUAACAAAUGUUGGUAGGCUUUGCAUCCACCGAAAUGAACCUUUUAUCCACAUAUAUGCUAUAGAAGAAGAUAGAUCUUAAAAGUCUGCAUUUUAUCCUCAUGACCAAGCUAAUGCUAUUGAGCCACAAAAAUGGUGCCUUCGUGCAAUUACUUGGAAAGUAAGUUUUCCUAUUGCCGUUAAAAAGAAGGGAGAACAGAAAAGUAGCUUUGCUUCUAGCUUGCCAUCAUAUGCCUUUAGGUUGCUUUGACUCGAUAGUCGAUAUCACACUGGCAAUAUAAUGAUGAAUGACUUGUGUGGCACAGACCUGUCUUUCAAGACACGCGAGGUCCUUAUUCGCCCUGUCCACUAACGCUGCCUUGCUUUCAUCAUGAACAGUUUCUUUGUUCCGCCAGCCGUUGCCUUGGAUAUUCUCAUUGACUAUAAAUUUUCUCCGAUGCCACCGAGCUCUGACAUGAUUAGAGGUGGCAUAAUGGGGCGGGCAACCUGAGGUACGACACUACCCAGUUUGUUAUGGGACGGGUUAGCACAAUCUAUUUUAUUACAAUAAUCGUGCUGAAUCAAGUCCAACUCUCAAACCCAACUCUUUUAGUCAUAUCGUGUUGGGUAGAGUAUUUCGAAGCUUAUGGGCUCGCACGGCACAAGCUUAUGAUUGGUCA